GAUGUGACGCAUACACCCAUCAGCUGUUUUUGUUUUGUUGUGUGACCAUCAGUGAAGUUAAUAACACAGUAAUGCUAUAUAUACAGAAUGAAAAUGUUGAAUCAUUAAGGUCUUGUGAAAUGAUUAUCAUCGUUAUAUAUUUUAUAUGUUGAUGGUAUGGCACGUUCGUGACAUUUGAAAGAUCUCGUCCAAACAUUGUGUUCUACCUCAAGUGUGUGCGCGUGGCACUUGGUGUAAAGGGGAGAAGAGGGGUUUUGGUAAAGCGGAUUUCGGGAGUGAGGUUAAGCGAUCCAAACCAGAGGCCUCUCACUACUGCAGAAUCAAAAGAAGAAUAAUCGUUGCCGAUGGAGUCACCGGAGCCAGUCUGCGAGGGAGGGCAGCCCGGGUUGAUCUGCGCGUCGUUUAACCAGGACACCACUUCUCUGUCCAUGGGCACCAAGACCGGCUACAGGCUGUUUUCUAUCACCUCGGUGGACAAAAUGGACUCCAUCCACGAGGGAGUGGAGUGCCCUGAGGUGUACAUCGUGGAGCGGCUGUUCUCCAGCAGCCUAGUGGUGGUGGUCAGUCUGGCCACGCCGCGACGCAUGAACGUCUACCACUUCAAGAAGGGCACGGAGAUCUGCAACUACAGCUACUCUAACAACAUCCUCUCGGUCCGGCUCAACAGACAGCGUCUGGUGGUGUGUCUUGAGGAGUCCAUCUACAUCCACAACAUCAAGGACAUGAAACUGCUGAAGACCUUGCUCAACACACCCUCCAACCCCACGGGUCUCUGUGCCCUCUCCGUUAACCACGGCAACUCCUACCUGGCCUACCCUGGCAGUGCCACCCACGGGGAGAUCAUCGUCUACGACGCCAACAACCUGAGCAACGUGACUAUGAUCCCAGCGCACGACAGUCCCCUGGCCGCAGUCACCUUCAACACAUCUGGGACCAAGCUUGCAAGUGCCUCAGAGAAGGGGACUGUGAUCAGGGUCUUCACUGUACCUGAAGGACACAAGCUAUUUGAGUUCCGUAGAGGCAUGAAGAGGUAUGUGAGCAUCAGCUCAUUGUCCUUCAGUGCAGACGGACAGUUCCUGUGCGCCUCCAGCAACACUGAGACUGUCCACAUCUUCAAACUGGAACAGCACACUCCCAAUCAGGAGGAAGAGUCUCCCACGUGGUCGGCCUACGUGGGCAAGAUGUUCACAGCGGCCAGCACCUACCUGCCCGCCCAGGUGUCCGACAUGAUGCACCAGGACCGAGCCUUCGCCACCGUGCGCCUGGACAUGAUCGGCCUGAAGAACGUCUGCGCCAUGGCCACGGUCCAGAAGCUUCCCCGGCUGCUCGUGGCCUCCUCCGACGGCCAUCUUUACAUCUACAACGUGGACCCACAAGAUGGAGGGGAGUGUGUCCUGGUCCAAAAGCACAAUUCAUCCAGGCCCCAGUGGUGUAAUCGGUAAGUGCACAGUUCUUAGGAAAGGUUGCGAGUUCAAACCUUGCCUGGAGCAAUGUACGUUUGUGUUAUGAAGCCGAUACAUUUCCUUCAGCGCGCUGUAUUCCUCAGACUGACACGAAAAUCAGAGUGACCAGAGGGCAGCCGGUAGCAUAUCCCCUGCUUUCAUAAUUUAAUGUGCACUCCUUAACCUUACUUUAAUGAACGGGGUUCCAUGAGGACGAUGGAUCAGAGUACAGUGACUACAGCAUGUCUAGGUUCUGUGCUUCGGUUAGCAGUACUUGUAUGUGACAGACUGUGUAAUGCAGAGUGAUGCCGGGUUUGUGAGUUCAAACCUCACCUGGAGUAAUUUGUGUUUUCGUUUCGUACACACAAUGAUGUGUUUCCUCUUUGAUUUUCACAUUAUAAUUACUGUGCUCUACCUUAUUGUAGUUCACGCUUAAAGAGACGCAAUUAUUCUAAUGCGUUACAACUACACGACAUACAGCGUUGGCUCUGAACCCAGAUGUCUAAUGCCAGAUGUCGUUAUAAACAAUUAAAAACAUUUUACAAAAAAUACAAUAAUAAAAAAGGAUUGUUAGGAUUUAUUUGAAGAAUUGAUGAAUGAAGUAUGUGAUGGCUUUUUUUUCCCAGUGGAU